CGUAUUUGGUCGAAUCAAAGUGUGGGAGUGGUUUUCAGCUCGACGCAGGACGUGCUGAGUGGCUUGACCGGGUGCACAGACGAAAGAAUGGAUGUGUGAGCAAUUCCUGUGCCCUGGGAACGUUGUAAAGUUGGAACAAUUUUCAGGCUUGAUCUGUACGCCCUGGGUGGCUGACCGAAUUCCCUUUGCGAGCGACGAGGCCGAGCGGGGACGGCGAGAUGGCGGGGUCCCCGGCAUGGUUGUAUUCGAGAUUCCUAGGUGGCCUCCAUUGAGCUGAGCUUAUAUUUUUUUUCCCUGCAGUCUGACCCUCAGAAAUGUGAUUCUCUUCAUUUGUCUUAACCCUAGCCCAGAGCCAGCGCAGACUCCGAACUGCAAAAAGCUACCUCCCCUCUAGGACUGCCACCAUCAUGUUGAACCUUACGAUAACCGUUCCCGACGGGUCAAGCAAUCAUGGCAAUCCGCGCCUCCUGUGCACUCCUCCUAGUUGGUUCGACUACAUCAUCUUCUUCUUCUCCAACUACUUUGCCCAUGCUGCCACCGUCAUAACGAACCCAGGCCAGGGUAGGAAAGAGACGAUCUUUGUUAUCCUUGCCGCACUCCUCUUCCCUGGAUUGGGUAUCGUACGCGCGAUGGAAGCCAUCCGACGGCACUCCAGCUUCGAGUUCGAUCCGCUUAGGCGUGCUCUGCGCGCGGGCGCUUUGUGCAUGGUUGUCAGACUUGGAUCUGAAACAUCCCAGGGGCCGAAUCCUCUGACGCUGGAGGAAGGCCGCCGGGGAGUGCUAGUGUCAACGGCGAAGGAAUCAAACGAAAAGAUCGGUCCCGCUGGAGUCGGAAUCACGGCUACCGAUGCAGACAUUGCUCAAGUCAAGGCGUUAACGCCGUCACGCAAAGACAGCGCCAAAAAGCUAGAAGAAAGGCCGUGGUGGGACCCUGCACAUCCUGUCUUUCUUCCAGACGACGCUGUCGUUCACGGUCAGUACCGCCUGCCAGCCGGCUACGCCCUGGCGUUUGUGCCACUCAAGGCUGCCCGUGAACUUGAGUCCCCAGAUCAAGCGAGCUCCAAUACGCUUGCUUCGUCGUAUAACUUUCCCAAAAUGUUGAUCAGCCUCAUACAAGCUGCCUGGGCCAUCAUCACGCUCUACCGCGCGAGAGGCGACCAGAUCCAGGAGUUCGGAUACGCCGCUUUCGGCCUGACGGUAGCGCCAUACGCCUUCAUGUCCCUCAUGAAUAUUAUCGGCUCUCUUCUCAAUCCAGAGUACAACGCCAUUUUCCUAGUCCGCACGCCCCUGAUGGAUCAAGCCGAGUCGCAUGCGGAGUUUAAUGGCGGUGGGUUCUUUGCGGCCGAGGUGCUCUUUAAGGCGGUCGAGAACCCGAAACGUCCUCAUCACCCGUCUUCCGCAAUCAACGUUCCCGUUCUAACAAUCCACGCUUUCGGUCCGGACUUGGACGAUGACAAGCUUCUCAUCGAAUACGGCAGGAUGAACAUACUGCUUGAUUAUGGAGUGAUGAUUGAGUAUGGAGCGGUUAUUGUUGGCUGCAUUCCUUUGGCAAUUAUAGGAGCCCUCAGCGGAUUCCAACCAGGGAACAGCUCCUCCCUCCAACGAGGCUUCACCUUGUCCUGGGUAGUUAUGGGCAUAAUAACUGCGCCCUUCUUUUACAACCUGGACAAGGCUCCUCAAGGACGUGACGUUGCUAGAUUCUACUUUGGAAGAGCUGCGAUUAUAAUAUAUGGGGCAGCGGCUAUUGGUGGCAUGGCGAUGGUUGGCCUGAUGAUACGCGACUUUGGGGUUUGCACUCUGCUGUUGUAGGGGAUAAGAUCUCUAACGUACAUGAUAAGUGAGUGAAACAGAU